AUGACGGUGGCGACAAUUCAAUCGACGCCAGGAAGCUCUGGGUAUUUGGAUUUGUAUCCUGAACGCAAAAUGUCGUUGUUUAAGAAUCCUUAUAUUCUCGGACUCACUGCUGUCGCUGGCAUUGGUGGCAUGCUUUUUGGCUACGACACUGGUGUCAUAUCAGGAGCACUUUUAUAUAUUAAAGAUGAUUUUGAAGAGGUUAGACAAAGUAAUUUUCUUCAGGAAACAAUAGUGAGCAUGGCAAUUGCUGGUGCAAUAGUUGGAGCAGCAGCAGGUGGAUGGAUAAAUGAUGCUUAUGGACGAAAGAAAGCCACUCUGAUUGCUGAUGUAAUCUUUAUUUUAGGAGCAAUUGGAAUGGCAGCUGCACAAGACCCUACUGUUCUCAUUUCGGGACGUUUUUUGGUUGGUUUGGGCGUGGGUGUUGCCUCUGUUACCGCUCCUGUGUACAUUGCAGAAGCAUCACCAUCCGAAAUAAGGGGCUCCUUAGUUAGCACAAAUGUUCUCAUGAUAACUGGUGGACAGUUUCUUUCCUACUUAGUAAACGUUGCUUUUACACGGGUUCACGGGACAUGGCGAUGGAUGCUGGGAGUUUCAGCUGUGCCAGCAGUGGUUCAGUUUGUUCUCAUGCUUUUUCUGCCAGAAUCCCCAAGAUGGCUCUUUAUGAAGAAUAGGAAAAACGAAGCUGUUGAUGUGCUUUCCAAGAUCUAUGACAUUGCUCGCUUGGAGGAUGAAGUUCAUUUUUUAAUGACUUUGUCAGAGCAAGAGCGUCAAAGAAGGAAGAAUAUAAAAUUUGGGGAUGUUUUUAAAUCUAAUGAAAUCAUACUUGCAUUCCUUGUUGGAGGUGGACUUCAGGCUUUCCAGCAGUUCAUAGGUAUAAAUACAGUGAUGUACUACAGCCCAACAAUUGUCCAAAUGGCUGGCUUCCACUCUAAUGAGUUGGCUCUUCUGCUGUCCCUUGUAGUUGCUGGAAUGAAUGCCGCAGGAACAAUCCUUGGCAUUUUCCUAAUAGACCAUGCAGGGCGCAAGAAGUUGGCUCUUUCUAGUUUAGGAGGAGUAUUUGUUUCUUUGGUCAUCUUGUCUAUCUCAUUUUUAAACCAAUCAUCAAAUGAACUCUAUGGCUGGUUUGCAGUCUUGGGUUUAGUCCUAUACAUUGCUUUUUUCUCCCCAGGGAUGGGGCCCGUGCCAUGGACUGUGAACACAGAGAUAUAUCCUGAGGAAUAUAGAGGAAUCUGUGGCGGAAUGGCAGCUACUGUGUGUUGGGUUUCAAAUUUGGUAGUGUCUCAGAGUUUUCUUUCAAUUACAGAAGCCAUAGGGACAGGUACCACUUUCUUGAUAUUUGCUGGUAUUACAAUCCUUGCCUUUCUAUUUGUGCUUUUGUAUGUUCCAGAGACAAAAGGAUUGACCUUUGAUGAAGUAGAACUGAUAUGGAAGGAGAGAGCGUGGGGCAAGAACAAUGACUCACAGAACCUUCUUGCUGAGGGAGGAGAAAAUCAUUCUUAG